AUGAGUACAUCCAGUACUACUGGUAGCAACACUAGAAAUGCCUCCUAUGACAGCCCUUCCAAGACAAGGCUUAAUAUUCUUGAAGCCUUGAUGUCUCAUGGAGGUGAUGGAGGCAGUUACUCAUCGGAGAGUCAGAAUCAGGCAGUGGCAAUCAAGACACAAGUGUCUAAUGCCCUUAAUUCAGAUCCGUCUUCUCCGAACAGUCCAAGGAAAGAAUUUGAGAGAAGGCGACGAAAGGUCACUCUUGCUCCUUCAUCUCCUUUAUUCCAAAAGAACGAAGAGUUGAACACAUUGCUCACAACCAUCAACAAAACGAAUGAUAUAUCGAUCACGCUGGACGAUUCCAAACAAAUCCUAAAAAUCGAUAAUGAUGUCUAUGUCAAAAUGGAAUACGCUAAUGCUCAAGUUGAGGAUUUGAUGAGGCAGUUUUCUAAAGCCAAGCAAGAGUUCAAGGAAGGUACACAAAGACUGCAAAUGGAAUUUGAGAAAAUGGACAAAGAAAAGAUGGAACAAAUUGCAGCGUUUACUGAGGACUUUAACGUAAAAUAUUCUUCAAUGCAGAAAAGAUAUCAAGACGCUCUUUCAAAAAAGUAUAAAGACAAAAUAGAGGAGCUUGCACAGAAGAUUGAGAACUAUACCAAAGAACGUGAUAGCUUGAAAUCAAAACUCGAACAAGAGACAAAAAAAUACUAUGACGACAUGCACAAGUUUAUGUCACAAUAUCAAGCACAGGUUGACGAAAUAAGGCAGAAGUGUGAAAAAGAAUAUGCAAUGUCUGUUCAAGCAUGUAAAAAGAAUUAUGAAUCCGACUUGAAAAAGGCUGUUGAGAAAUUUAACUCUCAAGAGAAAGAGUACUUUGCCAAGUACGCAAUUCACAAGAAAUUAUUUUUUGGACUAUUAACGUAUUUAAGAGAAGUGAAGGAUUCUAACGCAAAAUUGGAGGUAGAGCUGCAAAAACAACUAACGAAACUUGAAAGUGUAAAUAAGAAGGCAAGAAAAACGGAGAAUGAUUUACUCAACCAAAUUUCUGAUUUGCAUAAAUCCAUUGAGCAAGGAAAGAAAUUUGUGACAUCUAAGUGUAUUAAUACAGAUCUGACAUUGCAAGAAAUGGAUAAGCAAGACCAACAACACCGCAUGAUUGUACAGGAAAGUGCUUGUAAAAUAGAGACUCUUCAGGAGGAAUUGGCAAAAUGUAAAAUAGAAAUUGUAUCAUAUAGAGAUGAAAUUGGUACUUGCAAAGAAAAGUAUCAACAAAGGGAAAGAUCUCUAAACGAUUUGCGAAAACAAAUAGAGGUCCUUUCAUCUCGAGAAAGUGACUUACAAAAACUGUUACAAGAGGAAAAGGAAAAACGGGAAAAAAUCCAAGGUUUGCUCGAUGAAGCGCCUACAAGAGAAAACCUCAAUAACUUAUUGAAAACGGUUAAAGAAAGAGAAGAAGAGGUCGUUCAGUUAAAAGCUUCCCUUGUUGAAAGGGAUCAAACGAUAACGAACUUCGAAUCUAAACUCGAACAACUACGACUCAAUAAUUCUGAGAAGGUUGUGCUUACAAGUGACACUUUAGAACUGAUAUCAACCCUAAAAAGCCAGGUAGAGUUGGCCACAAAAGAAAAGGAACGCUUGUCUAAUGAGAAUACGAUUCUUUUAAGAGAGCUAGAUCUAGCUAAAAUUGACCUGGCUCAAAAAGCAAGUGAAAUACAAGAAAUUCAAGAAAGGCAAUUUGAAAAAGAAAAGGAAGGCGAGCGAUUGAAAAUGAUCCAUAAAGAGGAAUUGGAGAAGAUGAAACAAGAAUCAGAAAAGAAAAAUGAACACUUUCAAACUGUGGUUAAGGAAUUCCAAAGCAAGAUGAACGAGCAACAAACUAGGAUCUCAACAUUAAUGGAUGAGCUUGAUCAACAAAGGAUUGUUGCUCUCACAAUUGAACAAAGAAAUAAGGAAAGAGAAAACGAGCUGGCAUAUUUGACAUCAUCACUUGACCAAUCAAAAGAAGCCCAGGAAAAGUUACAUGAGCAAUUACAAGCAAGUAACAACAAACUCCAAAACAUUUUAAUUCAUUUCGAAGUAGAGCGACGAAACUUUGAACAAGAAUAUCAAGACCUGUCAUCACAGAACAGAGCGUUAAUGGUUGAGUUGGAGGAAAAAGAUCAAAAAAUACGAACAUUACAAAAUGAGGUUGCUUUACAAACAUCCAUAACAGAACAAAAUGUGGACAUGAACGACCUAUCUCAAAUGCAGAAGCUUAUUACAAAUCUUAACAGACAAAUACGGACGUUGAGAGCUGAGGCUGACUUGAGGGAUUCAGUUUACAGAGAUGAACGAAUUGAAAUGAAAGAAAAGGCUUCAAAACUUGAAAAAGAAGUUUCUUUGUACAAAGACAAAUAUCAAACUCUCCUCACAAAUUCACAAUUCAACAACAUUGGUAACAAUAACACUUCCCUACUUGAGGAGAAUACCAAAUUGUCAAUAGAAAACAAGAAAUUAAUUUAUGCAAACAGAACUCUGAUUGCUAAAAUUGCAGGAAUGAAUGGUGAUGCUUCGCGCAACUGGGAGGAACUGUACAAACAAGAGCAGCAAAAAACAGAGAAACUUCUAGAACAAUGCAAGAAUUUCGUAUUGAGAAUAUCACAAUUAGAAGAUGAAAAUUCAAAAUUGAAGAAUGCCUGA